AUGCAUGCCACCACCAUGUACCAUAUCAUGCCAUGCCAUGUACCAUAUACUACUCAUAUACCAUAUAUCAUGCAACACAGCAUGUAUCGUGCCAUACCACAUCAUAUUAUCGUACAUCAUGCACUAUAUACCGUACCGUACAUGUACCAUGCAAUAUGUCAUGCCGUUUAUACUGUCAACCACAUUUCGGAAAUUAAUAAUAUUGAUAAAAAUGAACAACCAAAAACAUUGGAAUCAAUUGAUUCAGCAACUAUUGCCGAUACAUCUUCUGUUAAGGAAAUGAUGGAUAAUAUAGAAGGAUCAGGAAGUAGCAAUAGUAUGAUAGAAUGGUCUGAUGAUGAGGAUUUAGGCGGUGAAGGUUCAGGUAAUCAAAAUGAAGGAUCCGGUGAUACGGAAGAAGAUCAGGAACAUGCUAUAGCACCAAUUAUUACAUAUGCUGAAGAUGGCCGGCAUACGGAAUUAAUCGAUCGAAUUACUACUAUUACUAGUACUACUUAUCAAGAACCAUCGUCGGAAACUAAAUUACCAACCAGACCGCCUGUUAUAGCUAAACCGCCAGAAGUUGGAUCAACCGAUCGUUCAACAUUAUCUGUGCUAACUGCUUUUAUUAUUAUUAUUUGGGUAUCAUUACUACUUCAUUAA